CGCUCUUAUAUUACAGACUACUGCCCAGGCCCCACGGUGGAACGUGGUCCGUGUUCUUGCUUUACACUGCAGCAGUAGACCCCAAAGAUGGAAGCUGGACCGUUCAGGGGCCCGACAAGACCUCUCGUCAUCCAGGGGAGAUGUUCAACUCGUUGCCCUUCUCUGAUUGGACGAUCUGACAAAGCAGGAUCCCAAAAGUGUUGGGUCAUUUUCCAAAAGGUGUUUUCUGUUUUCAUAUCAAGGUGAGGACUUCUGGUGAAACAGACAGUCCUGAGGAUUAUUAGCUGUGUGAGUAGACCAGUCCAGAAUCCUGCUGACACUGAUCCUGUUCACUAUGGAGGAGUUCCACAUAAACUCCUCGGUGCUCCUGAUGUCUGUCAGACCCUUGAACUACACGGUCAGAGAGAAGACAAUAUACGAGCAGUGCAGACACAUGCCCACCGUCCUCAUCUGGUACCUGACCCUGCAGUUCAUCAACAUGUUCCUAGGUAUCCCGGCCAACCUCAUGGUGCUGUGGCUCAUCCACAAGAACAGAAGUGACUCCUCCACCUCCGACAUCUAUAUCCUCCAGCUAGCCGUGUUAGACGUGUUCUUCUGCCUCAUCCCUCCUCUUGAGCUGACCAACAUCGUCUUCCUGACCACCAGCAGUACCUGGUACGUCCUUCGCUUCUUCUACGGCAUCAAAGACACCUCGCCUCUGAUUCUGUCCUGCAUCUGCCUGGACCGCUAUAUCGCCGUGCUGCAUCCGAUCACCUUCACCAGGCUUAAAGACCGGCAGCACAGGGCAGUCCUGGUCAUAGUGGUCUGGCUCAUCAUUCUGGCCUACGCCGCAGCUAAAUGUGUGGGCAACAUCCCCAACUUUGAGAAGGUCUUCACAUGGAUGAUUCUUGCAACAUUUGCCUUCAUGCUCUUCUGCAACAUCGCCAUCCUGUGGGCGCUACGGCAGUCUGGUCCAGGCAGAGACGAGAUGCACCCCAUGAAGAAGAAAGCCUUCAAAUUUGUUCUCAUCAUCCUGGCCAUCAUAGUCUUCAACUACUUUCCACCAGUGGCGCUGUUUCCCUUUCAGGACUAUUUUUCUCCAGAAGUGUUCCGCUGCUACAUUCACUACGUGGCCUUUGGGCUGAUGGACUUCAGCAGCACCAUCCAGCCGGUUCUCUAUCUCUCCAAGGAAAAGAUACCACAGAAUCUUCACUGUUGUCAACCCUAAGUUGUUCUCGAGUCUGAAGACGAGGUUCCCCUUUGAUGCGUUCCCUUACUCCUAAAUAAUUAGAUAAUAUCAUGAAAUUGUCCACAUGAAGUCGAACACAAGAGCAUUUUCUCUGGUUACACUCCACCGUCCAAAACCCUGGAGAAGAAGACUUAGUACUCACCCUGUUGCCUCUACUCACGUGUGAUGUUAGAAAUCUUAUAAGACCAGGUGCAGGCAAUCUUUUUGACUCGCUGCCCACAAUUCUACUAAAAUUGAACGGGGAGGCGAGUCAGGAGCGCAUAGAUAAAGUGUUCGUGAGAACUAAGAUAAAUGACAUGUAAAAGUCAUGCAAAAAGGCUAACAUGCUGUUGUCAUUUUCUACUCCAACUAUUGAGGAAACAUGGGUAUUACAGGGAAGAGGCAGAAGUAUAAUGAUAAUAAAAAUAAAUUAUAUAUUUUGGAAAUGUUUGGAGGGCUGGAUUAAAAAGAUGAACGGGACGCAUCGGGCCCCCGGGCCUUAGUUUGUCCAUGUUUGUAUAAACCCAUUACACGACACAUUAUGCGACUUCCGAAGUCCGAACGUAAUAUCUUCAAGAUCUAUCACACAACAUUGAACUAUUCUUAGAAAUAUAUAUUUAUUCUAGUGUCAUCAAAGAAACAGUACAAACAACAAGAUUUUACAGCUAUGCCAACAAAUGCAGCCACAUAAAAAGUGAACACUUGCAGGGUUUACAUAUUUAAAUUCUAAACUAUAACAGGUGGCAUGUAAAUAAAUUCUGUGAAAGAACAAGAGACCACUGUCUGUCUACCAAACCAGAACACGCCCUGAACGGACGCCAAGGUUUCUUCCAUGGUAUGAACUCAUACUCGUCAUUUUGACACGGCCACCGAGGGAGAGAGGGAGAGCGAG